UCGUACGAAUAAAUUUGAGCACGAAUUGGUUAUUACCAGAUAUGAAUAAUGUACAAGCUAGCUAAAAUUUGUUCCUAUCUGGGUAGGGAAAUUUCUUUGUUAGCUCUAUGUCUGAAGACGGUAUGGACUCAAUUUAGAUCUAUAUCUAACAUUAGGAGACGCAACGAUGUGUGAAUAGUAUGGCAUCGUCUUCAGUGAGCGAGGAAGAAGGGACACAUCUCGCCGAGAAUAUUUUGAAGUCCUCAAGAGACUCCGUUCAUUUUGGUUUUUUACGACUUGGAAAAUAUUGUAAUGCUAGUGACAGUUAUUCGUUUACGAAUGCAACGUGCAACAUUCGUUGUAUAAAGGACGAAAGAGACGGUGUUGCGUUUGUUAGAAGUUUUGACGAAGUAUUCAGACGUGGAGUAGAAGUAAUGAAUAAACUUAAUAGUGGGGACAAGACUGGCUUAAAACAACACGACAAAACUGCUGUUAAACUUUUGAAUAACUUUUUUAAAGAAAAAGAAUUGCAUGAAAAAAGCCUUAAAAAAGUUUUGGAUAGGAAUCAGAGAGAUGGAGAGGGACAAAGUUCAAAAAGUACUAGAGAAAUUGAGAUCACAACUGCACUUGCUGAGCAUUUGCUAGGACGACUCUCACCAGGGCAAUCGUAUGUUAUUGAUUCAAGGUCCAAAGCCAAAGGAAAAUGUAGCUGUGGUGAGGACCAUUGCAAAGCAAGCCCGGAAUAUGGAAGCAAUGGUAUAGGUCAUGAAGAAGUUUGGCAUGGGUAUAUUGAUAUCAUUUUGGGGUCUCAUGAGGGCAUUACUCCAGAGAGCAGUAUUUCAUCAACCGUUGAAUUAGUUGAAACCACAGAGGAUGAAGAUAAUUCUGAUGAUUCCCAGUAUACAACACCAAUAAAGAAGAUAAAAGACGAUACCAAUAUGGAAGAUUUUGAUUUAUCACCUGGCGGAAGAACUAUAGUUGAAGUGAAGCAGACAGCUAUAAGAGCAGAGAACCAAUCUGUAGCAGAAACAAUUGUCUUUGCAAUGAUUCAAAAAGCUCGUCAUCCAAAUUUUCAGAAUCAUUUAAUACCUAAUAUUGUUAUUGAUUCUGGCCACUUUAGAAUUUUGAUGUACGAUGCACAAAAUGAUGUUUUUCUGUGUAGUGUUCUUGUUCCAAUCUUUUAUGGAAGUCAUCUGCAUACGACAUCUGUAAUCAUUCUUUGGAUGGUACUUCAUUAUAGGAUAUUUUGUUCAGGAAUACAGGAUGACCAAAAUAAGCUUAGGCAAGUUAAAUGUCAAUUCAAAGAAAAGGUUGCAGAAAAAUGGGAAAUCUAUUCAAGGUCAUUGAAGUUCUGUGUGAGUAGAUUUCCACCAGUAAAAAAAGAUUCAGAUUUCUUUCCAUCAAAUGAGAUGUUAAAUUUUGGCUAUAAGUUUUAAGCAUUAAGGAUUUUAAAAAAAAAAUUAAAGCAUCAUGGCCAUGCAAUUUUUAGUAAAGGACAAUAUAUUAUAAAUUAAAAACAAAAUGCCAAGAUUCAAUAUGAGGAUUAAUUGGCAUCGUUAAUUUCACUAGUCUUGAAAAUAUACACUACAGCUGGUAUAGCGUUGCAUUGAGUGACGACACUUUCAAAUGUGUAUAACAAUUGUGAUUUGCAACAAAGAUUUUGAUUUGGUAAUUUUAAUAGACCUGCCAAUUUAUCAAGUUAUGCUGACAACAUGAUGCCGAAACGUGGAAAUAUUUUACAAAAAUGUGGUUUUACAUUUACUUCAAAUUUAAUAAUUUUUAGCUCACCUGAGCUGAAAGCUCAAGUGAGCUUUUCUGAUUACAUUUUGUCUUUCAUCCGUCUUUCUGUCCGUCUGUCUGACUGUCUGUCCGUAAACUUUUUUACAUUUUCAACAUCUUCUCAAGAACUACUGGGCCAAGUUCAACCAAACUUGGCACAAAUCACCCUUAGGCAAAGAGGAUUCAAAGUUGUGAAAAUUAAGGGCCAGGCCCUUUUUCAAAGGUAGAUAAUUAGAUAUUAUUGAAAAAUUUUGAGAAAUUUUCAAAAAUCUUCUUCUCAAGAACCAUUUGGCCAGGAAAGCUGAAACUUGUGUGGAAGCAUCCUCAGGUAGUGUAAAUUCAAAGUUGUGAAAAUUGUGACCCCCGGUGGUAGUGUGGGGCCACAAAUGGGGAUCAAAGUUUUACAUAGGAAUAUUUAGAGUAAAUCUUUAAAAAUCUUCUCAUAAACUAAUCAGCCAGGAAAGCUGAAACUUGUUUGGAAGCAUUUUCAGGUAGUGAAGAUUCAGGGUUGUGAAAA